GAAAGUGAACGUUGUUCCCAGUGUGAGCAGAGCUGCAGAUGUGUCUGUGGAACCGACAAACAAACCAUUAACCGACUUCAUCAGAUCUGUUUAAAGUCUCAGCAGAGUCUCUGACAAACAGCGAUAUGGCUGCUGCUGGUCAUGUCCAAUGUGAAGAUGAGUUCCUGUGUUCCAUCUGUCUGGAUGUCUUCACUGAUCCAGUCAGCACAUCAUGUGGACACAACUUCUGCAAAUCCUGCAUCACCAAACACUGGGAUAAUAAUGAAAACUACCAGUGUCCCAUGUGUAAAAAAGAUUUUUACCCAAGACCUGAGUUGUGCAUCAACACUUUCAUCUCAAAGAUGGUGGCUCAGUUUAGACAUGAAGCUCAACAUGAACCAAACAUCUACAGCUCAAACCAACAAGCUGCCAAACCAGGAGAAGUUCCCUGUGACGUCUGCACCGGAACCAAACUGAAGGCCCUGAAGUCCUGUCUGGUGUGUCAGACCUCCUACUGUCAGACUCAUCUGGAACCUCAUCUGACACGUUCAGGACUGAAAAGACAUCAGCUGAUCCACCCUGUGGAGAACAUGGAAGACAUGAUGUGUAUGAAACACGAGAAACCUCUGGAGCUGUUCUGUAAAACCGACCACAUAUGUAUCUGUCUGCUCUGUCCUGUUGUAGACCACAAGAACCAUGAGUUUGUUCAUCUGAAAGAUGAAUAUGAAGAACAGAAGGCAGAGCUGAAGAAGACAGAGGCUGAAAUUCAGCAGAUGAUCCAGGAGAGACAACUGAAGAUCCAGGAGAUCGAACAGUCAGUGGAGCUCAGUAAGAAAGCUGCAGACAGAGAGACAGCAGAAGGUGUUGAGGUCUUCACUGCUCUAAUGGACUCUGUUCAGAGAAGUCUGGACCAGUUCAAAAAGAAGAUUCAAGAAAAGCAGAGGACCACCAAGAAACAGGCUAAAGGCUUCAUCAAAGAGCUGGAACUGGAAAUCUCUGAGCUGAGGAAGAGAAGCACUGAGAUGGAGCAGCUCUCAGGCUGUGAAGACCACCUCCACUUUGUCCAGAGAUUCACAUGUGUAAAAGCUGCUCCAUCCAUGAAGACCUGGACAAAGGUCAGCGUCCGUCCACCAUCAUAUGAGGGGAGUGUGGUGAGAGCUGUGUCUCAGCUGGAGGACAAACUCACUGAAGACAUAAAGAAGGUGGUGGUUGGAGCUGAGCUGAAGAGAGUCCAACAGUAUGAGGUGGAUCUGACUCUGGAUCCAGAUACAGCUUAUCCUUAUCUCAUCCUGUCUGAUGAUGAGAAACAGGUUCAUGACGGUGAUGUAAAGAACCUUCCACCAAAACCACAGAGAUUCUCUGAUUGUUGUUGCGUCUUGGCAAAGCAGAGUUUCUCUUCAGGCAAGUUUUACUUUGAGGUUCAGGUCAAACAAAAAACUGAAUGGACUUUAGGAGUGGUCAGAGAGUCCAUCAACAGGAAAGGACAGAUCCUGCUGAGUCCUCAAGACGGACAUUGGACCAUCGAUUUGAGUAAUGGAAAUGAAUACGAAGCUCUUGAUGAUCCUUAUGUCCUUCUGUCUCUGAAGUCUGGUCCUCAGAAGGUGGGGGUGUUUGUGGAUUAUGAGGAGGGUCUGGUCUCCUUUUAUGACGUAGAUUCUUCAGUUCUCAUCUACUCCUUCGUUGGCUGCCACUUCAAUGACCAACUCCUCCCAUUCUUCAGUCCAGGUCUGAAUGAUGGAGGUAAAAACUCUGCUCCUCUGAUCAUCACUCCUGUCGACACUGAGUGAGAAACUCAUCAAAUGUACAGAUUUUCUCUGAUUUACUGGAGUCACUAAACUUAGUGGUAAUGUAAACUGUUUUAAUGUGUAUUAAUCCUUAUCCAAAUGUACUUAAAUACUGACAUUUGUGGUGAUAAUAAUCCUGGUUUGACAGAUUGUGAUUCACUGUGAUUUAAUACAAUGAUAAUGAUGGUGGUUUAACGUUAACUUUAGUUAAAGAUGUUGUGAUUGUGAAUGUGUUUCCAGUAUGUGACUGAUGAUAGAAUUGUUCUGGAGAAUUCAAUAUUCAAUAAUUACAGUGAUAGUAAAGAUUAUGUUCAUCAGCUGUAUUCAUAUUAAAUGAGAAAAAGUAUUAAAUAUUAUGUUUUCUAUUUGUUCAUCGCAGACAAACAUAUGUAAUUAGAUAGAUAGAUAGACAGACAGACAGACAGACAGAUAGACAGAUAGAUAGA